GUAGUUUAGUUGACCGGAAUUAUUCGUCAGUCAGUUAUUGAAAAGACGCAAGACUAAAAAUAGAAGAGCUCUAAAGAAUCGGAUAGAACAUAAAUUAAAAAUAAAUUAAUAUCGAAUAUUAAAAUCAACAGCUUUGUAGAUUUUGGUUAUGGCUCUGUUGAAUUCAAUUCGAAUAACAACCGUUAUAGUGAAUUUAUUUUUAAUAUUCUAUCCCAGCGGCGAAGCAGCAAGAGUCGGAGUAUGUGAUAUUUGCUUGGCUUCGAAUAAUGUAGCCUGCCGCGAUGAAACACACUUUUCAACAUGUUAUAAUGGUGAAUUCGUUACCACAAUAACCCCUUGUCCGUCGGGACAUAUUUGCACAGCUGAUCGACAAAUAUGCCGGCUGCCCAGUGAAGGUUUCACUCCCAUUUGCUAUGAAGAAACUUGUGGCACUUGCGAUCAAAUCACCGGUGAUUUCAUAUGUCUCGAUCAAACCACAUACAGUUAUUGCUUUGGCCGAUACUCGACUGUCGCGCAUUCAUGUCCGCCGGGAUUUGUGUGUAACAUAUAUGCCAGCGAAGUUUGUGUGCCAGCUGCAACAAAUAGACCCUCAUGUUUAACUGUCACUACCACUGCCACACCACCAACCGAGUCGACAACAGAUAUGUCAACUGAAUCGACAGUAACGGAUGGACCAACUACUGAUUCGACCGUAACUAAUGGACCUACAACUGAUUCUACAGUAACCACUGAUUCUACAGUAACCACUGAUUCUACAGUAACCACUGAGUCUACAGUUACCACUGAUUCUACCGUAACUGAUGAACCCACAACAGAAGUGUCAACACCAAGUAUAACAACAGAAUCGUCGAGUACAAGCCAACCAACUACGGAAGCGCCACCUGUGGAUGCAAAUACCUUUUGUAAACAACUUUCUAAAGUGGGUUAUUACAAGACCAAUGAUCCCACAUGCCAAGAAUACGUUUAUUGUUACUUAUUAUCUGGACAAUAUUUGGGCUGGUACUAUUAUUGCGAAGGCUAUUUUAAUGAAGCAACCGGAAAAUGUCAAGCGGAGCGACCAUCAUCUUGCAAAGAACACUGAAGAGCACUAGGCGCAAUAUUCUGGUUUAUUUGAUGAACAAUAUUUCAGAGAACGAUCGUAGUAGGUUCCCGAAGUGCAAGCUUUGACUAGACCUUGUAGUUUAUCGCCUAUUUUAUAACAAAUGAUAAAACUGAAAAUAUAUAAAUUAAAUAAACGACAAAUAAUUAUAUAAAA